ACAUAACCUAAAAACCUGAAGAUUCAUGCUGUUUUUAUUAUAUUUAUUUAACAUUUUAGAAUAGGUAAGUUGUUUGCAAGAAUCGUUGAGUGUUUAAAUGAGUAGUUGUUCCUUGGUGAUUCUUUUAUAAGUUGAUUUUUCUAUAAUGGAUUCGCCUGUAUCAGCAUUUGCUGUAUAUAGUACUAUUAAACCUAAAAAACCGAAGAGAAACAAAAAAAGAAAGCCGGCUUCACCUAAAAUCUUACUGAAUCAAAAUAUAAGCGAUGAAAUUAUGCAAAAAAUUGGAUCAAAACUCAAGAAAAAGGAAAAUGUUCAAAAACUUGGGAGGAUAACUAAAGAGAAAACCAUCAAGAAGAAAAAGAAAUCGAUCCAGAAAAAAACAAAAGUUAAAGUUGAUAAAAGAUUAGAUAAAAUUCAGUCAUCAGACGAUGAAGAUAUCCCUGAGUUAAUACAACCUAGUGUUUCCAUAAAUACAAAUGAUAUUGACUCUGGGACAUACUCCCCUCAAAGCAAUGAGAGCUUUGACUUUACUCCUGUGAUGACUGACAGUAGUGAAGAAGGCCUAAAGAUACUUAAGUGGAUGAUAGCACCUUGUACAGUUGAUGAAUUUCUUAAUCAAAUCUGGGAAAAGAAGCCAAUUCAUAUUUCUAGAAAAAAACCUAAAUACUAUAAAGAGCUUAUUACAACACCAAUGAUAGAUAAAAUGCUGAGAACAGAAAAUAUUCAGUUCACCAAAAAUAUAGACAUUACAUCUUAUAUAGAUGGUAAAAGAGAGACACAUAACCCAGCAGACAGAGCGCUCCCUCCCUUAGUGUGGGAUUAUUAUCUGAAUGGUUGUAGCAUAAGAUUAUUAAAUCCACAAACAUAUAUGUCUCGCUUACACUUACUUAAUGCCACUCUUCAGGAAUUCUUCAACUCGUUUGUGGGGGCUAAUGCAUAUUUAACACCACCAGACAGCCAGGGCUUUGCACCACACUAUGAUGACAUAGAAGCGUUUAUAUUACAAACUGAAGGAAAGAAACGUUGGCGUGUUUAUAAGCCUAGGGAAGAAAAUGAAGUACUUCCACGUGUUUCGUCUAAAAAUUUUACUGAUGAUGAAAUAGGUUCACCCAUGAUGGACAUUGUCUUGGAAGCAGGAGACUUGCUUUAUUUUCCACGUGGAUAUAUCCAUCAGGGUGUAACAAUUGAUGGAGAACAUUCACUCCAUGUCACAAUCAGUAUGUAUCAAAAGCAUUCAUGGGCUGAUUUGUUUGAGAAAAUGUUACCCGCCGCUUUACAACUUGCAAUAAAUGAAAAUGUAGAACUACGACGAGGAUUACCUUUUGAUAUUUAUGAUAAUUUUGGUAUAGUACAUUCUGAUGUGAAUACCCCUCGCAAGCAAGAAAUUACUGAUUUAAUUAUAAGUAUGUUUGAUAAAAUUAAAUCACAUUUACCAAUAGAUGAAGCUGUUGAUCAAAUGGCUAAAAAUUAUCAAAGAGAUGCUUUACCUCCUGUUGUCACUGAUUUGGAGAAAGCUGUAACUGUGUAUGGAGACACAGAUGUCAUGGUGAAUGAUGGAAAAGUAAUAAAUAGAGUGGAGAUAGGCCUGGACACCAGGAUUAGAUUGUUAAGAAAAAAUGUAUUGAGAAUGGUAUCAGAAGACUGCAUAAGAUUGUAUUAUCAUGUUGCAAAUUCUCUAGAGUAUCAAGGGAAUGAACUACCGUUCUUGGAAAUCGAAGAAGACAUGGCUCCGGCAAUAGAAACUUUGAUAACAGCAUAUCCAGAAUAUGUGUCUGUGGAAAAUCUUGAUUUACAAGAUGACAAUAAGAAAUUACAAAUUGCUGAUGUGUUAUGGACUAGGGGAUUGAUUAUGACUGAAUAUCCAUUAGAUAAUAUUGAUGAUGAUUAAAUCCUUUUUUGUUUGAAAAAA